GUAUAUAAACCCACGAAUCCUGUUCCUCCACUGUGUCGGUCCACUGACUUCAGAAGACAGUCAUGAAGUACUUCAUUGUCCUUGCCUUGUGUGCUGCAGCUUUUGCUGCUCCCAUUGAUGAUGAGGACGACAAGAUUGUUGGUGGAUACGAGUGCAGAAAGAACUCUGUACCCUACCAGGUGUCUCUGAACUCUGGCUACCACUUCUGCGGAGGUUCCCUGAUCUCCAGCACCUGGGUGGUGUCUGCUGCUCACUGCUACAAGUCCCGCAUCCAGGUGCGUCUCGGUGAGCACAACAUCGCCGUCAACGAGGGCACGGAGCAGUUCAUCACCUCCAGUCGGGUCAUCAGACAUCCCAGAUACAGCAGCCGCAACCUGGACAACGACAUCAUGCUCAUCAAGCUGAGCAAGCCCGCCACCCUGAACAGCUACGUGCGCACCGUGUCCCUGCCCUCCAGCUGUGCCGGCUCAGGCACCCGCUGUCUGAUCUCUGGAUGGGGCAACAUGAGCGGCUCUGGAAACAACUACCCUGACCGUCUGAGGUGCCUGGACGCCCCCAUCUUGAGCGACAGCAGCUGCAGGAACUCCUACCCUGGACAGAUCACCUCCAACAUGUUCUGCGCCGGAUUCCUGGAGGGAGGCAAAGACUCUUGCCAGGGAGACUCCGGUGGCCCCGUGGUGUGUAACGGCCAGCUUCAGGGUGUCGUGUCCUGGGGUUACGGUUGCGCCCAGAGGAACAAGCCUGGUGUUUACGCCAAGGUCUGCAACUACAACUCCUGGAUUCGCAGCACCAUGUCAUCCAACUAAAGGGUUGAAUUUCGGUGUGGGCGUACCAUCAGCCCUUGUGUUAAAUAUAAAUUACAACAGUACCGCAUAUGUAAAGCUGCAUGAGUUGUUUGCAAUAAAGACUUCCGAGACUUA